GGGGGCAGGAGGUGGAGAGCAGGGAGCGGGCGGUGGCGCGGCCAGUUCGGCGGGCCUCGGAGCUGGGGCAGCGGGCGGGUGGAGCUUGAGGCAUGGGUGGCGGCGUUGGGACAGUCGCGCCGGGCGGAAGAAGGGCUGGUGGGGGAAGGGUUAUGCGCUGAGGCCCCGCGGAAGGUAAAAAUGGAGGUGGAGUGACGUGCUUGCUGCCGUUCGGCCAUCAGGUUGCAAACCUGGAGUCGAAAUGGUCGGUGGACGAUGUUUAACUGGACGCAACACUGGAAACCUUCUGAGGCCUUUUGGAGGAAAGAGGUGGACAGAGAGGGAGGGGGGAAGAAUGACAUUGAUGUGUUUCAAGAUUUGAAGGUAGUAACUUUCAGGGCCGCGCACCAUCCGUGUCAGAGGCACAUAAGUGCUUCUUUGAAGAGGGCUCAUUUCUGGGCCACACCCAGACCCGCCCAAGCAGAACAUCCGGAGAUGGGGCUCGAGACAGUGUAUUUUAAACGGCACACCUUCCAGCUGAUUCUUGUGCACCCCGGAUUUUGAAAACCACUCUUUUAAAGCUACACCCGUAUAACAUGCUGUUGCUUUUUCCCGUCAUCAGGAAAGCGCUGUGUUGGUUAGGAAGCCCCUCCACCCCGAACAGAUUUAUCAGCAGACGGUAAUUUCUUCACUGCCAAAAUGACAUCAUUUUCUACUUCUGCCCAGUGUUCAACUUCUGACAGUGCUUGCAGAAUCUCUCCAGAACAAACCAAUCAGGUACGACCAAAACAGCCACUUUUGAAGAUUUUGCAGGCAGCAGGUGCACAAGGUGAAAUGUUCACUGUUAAAGAGGUCAUGCACUAUCUAGGCCAGUACAUAAUGGUGAAGCAGCUGUACGAUCAGCAGGAGCAGCAUAUGGUGUAUUGUGGUGGAGAUCUUUUGGGAGAACUGCUAGGUCGUCAGAGCUUCUCCGUGAAAGAUCCAAGCCCUCUUUAUGAUAUGCUAAGAAAGAAUCUUGUCUCGUUAGCCUCUGCUGCUACAGAUGCUGCUCAGACUCUCGCUCUCGCACAGGAUCACAGUAUGGAUAUCCCAGGUCAAGACCGACUGAAGCAAAGUGCAGAAGAAAGUUCCAGUUCCAGGAAAAGAACAGAAGAAGGCAAUAUUCCUACACUGCCUACCUCACAACAUAAAUGCAGAAAUUCUAGAGAAGAUGAAGACUUCAUAAAAAACUUAACCCAAGAUGAGACAUCUAAGCUGGACCUUGGGUUUGAGGAGUGGGAUGUAGCUGGGCUGCCUUGGUGGUUUUUAGGAAACCUGAGGAGCAACUAUACACCUAGAAGUAAUGGCUCGACUGAUUUACAGACAAAUCAGGAUAUAGGUACUGCUAUUGUUUCAGACACCACAGAUGACUUGUGGUUUUUGAAUGAGUCUGUAUCAGAGCAGUUUGGUGUGGGAAUAAAAGUUGAAGCUGCAGACACUGAACGAACAAGUGAAGAAGUAGGGAAAGUAAGAGACAAAAAGGUGACUGAAGUGGGAAAAAAUGAUGACCUUGAGGACUCAAAGUCCCUAAGUGACGAUACUGAUGUAGAAGUUACCUCCGAGGAUGAGUGGCAGUGUACUGAGUGCAAGAAAUUUAACUCUCCAAGCAAGAGGUACUGUUUUCGUUGCUGGGCGUUGAGGAAGGAUUGGUACUCGGAUUGUUCUAAGUUAACCCAUUCUCUCUCCACGUCUGAUAUCACUGCCAUACCUGAAAAGAAGGAAAAUGAAGGAAUUGAUGUCCCUGAUUGCCGAAGAACCAUAUCAGCUCCGGUUGUUAGACCUAAAGGUGAAUAUACAAAGGAAGAAAAAAACCCCAAACUUUUUGAUCCCUGCAACUCAGUGGAAUUCUUGGAUUUGGCCCAUAGUUCGGAAAGCCAAGAAACCAUAUCAAGCAUGGGAGAACAAUCAGAUAACCUUUUUGAACAGAGAACAGAUACAGAAAACAUGGAGGAUUGCCAGAAUCUCUUGAAGCCAUGUAGUCUGUGUGAGAAAAGACCACGAGACGGGAACAUUAUUCAUGGGAGGACAGGGCAUCUUGUCACUUGUUUUCACUGUGCCAGAAGAUUGAAAAAGGCUGGGGCUUCAUGCCCUAUUUGCAAGAAGGAGAUUCAGUUGGUAAUUAAGGUUUUUAUAGCAUAGCUGAUUCAAUGACUUGCAGAGAAAUAUUAACAGGGCUAGAUUCAGUUGGUAAUUAAGGUUUUUAUAGCAUAGCCGACUCAAUGACUUGCAGAGAAAUAUUAACAGGGCUAAGUAUGUAUCAGAAUGUCAGUAUUGAGCAUCUCUCCUCAGCGUAACCCGCUGCAUCUGUUAAUUUAUUUAUGUAAACAUCUGUGUGUCAUGACAUUUUUGCUUCUACACUUAGAGGGAAUUUGAGAAUGAGUUCUUUAGAAAUAUAUUAUCAGUUUGGGGGACUCCCAUUAACAUGAAAAGAUAUGUUAAUCACUUCAUUCUUUCUUUAAAGAUGAGGAUCUGGGAGAAAGCAAUUGCCAGUACAAACAAAAGUACUUUCAUUCAUUCACUUACCCAGUUACUUGAAGAUUUACUGUUUCUUCAAUUACUUUUAUUCCCCAUUCAUUUUUUCUGUUAGGGAAUGUUCUUCGGCAUCAAGAUCCAAGGUAGCUGUUAGAAAAAAUAUUAGAGCUAACAAUGAAAAAAAACGCAAGUAAUUUGAUUAGUCAAGCUGUGUAAUGCUACAGAUCACUUUAUGGUUGCAGUCAGGCCGCAUACUUCAGAGAAGCCAAAAGAAAAGUCUUGAAAAACAAGAGAUUCCUUUCAUGUAUGCCUAGAACACUGGUAUUGAACAUUUUUGCUAACAUACCCCUGAAAGAAUUUUGAAAAACUAUAUAUAACCUUUUGCACAUUUUAUACCUUGGGGUAUGAUUAGCAAACAGAGUGUUCCCUUCUGGUGAGCUGUAGGCAUCUGAGUAGCCAACCUAGAACAAGCUAGUCUAAGGGGACGGCUUCUGUCCCUUGUGCGCCUUUCCAGGCAGUUCCUCUUCUAUUUCAUGGCUCUCAUUCUAAGUUAGUUUUUCUUUUGCACAUGUUUAAUGUGACAGCUAAAUCUUAAAAACAAAUUUAAGUACUUACAAAGGAUACCGUAUCCAAUAUAUUGUAUAUGUGCCUUAAAAAUAUUUUUCUCAAAGCCUUGGAGCUGUAGAUUUAGCUGAUUAAAUUGAUAGGAAAAGUCCUGUCAUAUAAAGUAGCAAAGCCUGUUCUCAUUUUAAAAUUCACCAGCCAAAUCAGAUUUCAUUUUCAGUCAGAAAAUGUUUGACUUUAUUUUUAAUUCAAAUAAAUGCAUUAACACAUUUCUGGUACAACCUGCUCAAUUACAGUUCUGAGAUAGAUAGAUGAGGUGCAGAGUUUUUAACCUAAGCUCUUUUUGCUUUACUCUGUCCUCGUCCCUUGAGAAUUCUCUGAGGUUUGUUUUUUUGUUUUUGUUUUUUUGUUUUAUUGUUGUUCUUUUGUUUGAUGCCUCUAGAGGUUUUUUACAUUGUGAGGCAAUGCCCCAUAGUAAGAUUCUUGAUGGGUGUGAGUCAGCCUUUCUUUUGGAAAUAGGGAGUAUGGCAGUUGUGAAAACGAAAAUAAUUAAAGAAAAAUGUUAGAGCUGAAGAAGCCUUAUCUGAGCUUCAGUAUGGAAAUUGAAGAUCUUUAAGCUGAUGUCCUUACACAUAUACCUGUUUGCUUUCCCCGUGGAAAAAAUCUUGAUGUAGGCCCAGGGGUUUGCAUAUGAGAUUUUGAAGACCACAGCCCUAGAAUUAACAAAUUUAUGGAUCAUAAAAAUCACCUGGGUUGCUUGUUAAGAAAAGCCCAAGAAAAAAAAAAAAAAAAAAAAAAAAGAAAAAAAAAAAAAAAAAAAAAAAAAAANCCAAACUCAAACAAGAGCUUCAUUUUCCCCCUUGAGGGGUUUCUUUCCACUAGAACAUGUGUUCUGCAAGCUUGUAAAUGGUCCACAGACCACGCUCUGGGAAGCCCUGCCCUAGAAGGAAAGGUUUUCCCAGUUACAAGAAGUACAACGAACGAGAUCGCUUUUAGCAUCAUAUUUAAUUUCUUGAGGGGGAGUUUUGUUAAAAGUUCUAGAAGUUUAAAACUAGAAGGCACUGUUAUACUCAACCCCUGUUAUUUUGCACUUGAGGCUAAAAGGUUCAAUGACGGCCAAGAGUCAUAGCUGGUGAUGCAGCUGUUACUAGAAUCCAAGUCACUUGUAGUAAAUCCUAACACCAUGCUCACUUUCUCAUUAUUUGUUAAAUAUUUAAAGGGUGAUGCUUGUGGAAUUUGGAUUUAAGAUGCUUGUCAUCUUAAAGUCUUACAGAAUAUGACUUGCAGCCAAAGUAGGACUUUUAGAGAAUGACUUUUAACACUUUCUCCCCAAAGAGAAAAGGUCCAGUAAAUAUCAACCUUUCUUAUAUAGAUUAAGUUACUCCUAAAUUUCUUACACAGAUUAAGUUACUCCUCCCACAGGGGGAGGACAGAUGAAGGUGCAGAGGAACCCAAACCACUUUCUCCAGUAUUGUCCCUUCUUAGGGAAGGAAGCCCAGGUCUCUUCGCUCUCUCUAGGUAUCAGGGACAAGGGUUUCACUCUCUCUAGGUAUCAGGGAUGAGGGUUUUCCCCUCGAAGCAGAACAAGUCCUUGGAGUUCAGUGUUUCGUUAGACCAUGGUGAACGCAGCAAGUUAAAUAUCUGUCUUCCCUGUUUUCUCCCGACUGCUCCUCUCAGAAUAGUUUGAUGACCCUCAGUUUUGUCUGAUUUUUGCCAGUUAGGGGUUUUUGCAGGUGAUAACUUAAAGGAGGGACAGGGAGAGUAGGGUAUCUGCACUUGCACCCUCUGAUUCCUCUUAGGUAAAGCUGCAGGUUUUUUUUAGAAAACUUAAGAAAAAAA